UUUUGAUUUUAUCCGGAGGAAAUUGGGAAGAAAGAAGCACGUCUGACCCAAAACUCUCUUUUUUGGGUGCGUAAAGAUAACCCCAAAUCCUGAGCUGAGCUUUCUCGAGUUAAGGCCUGAAUCCGAUCUGCAAGUUCAGAUUUUGGAUUCUCUUUCAUGCAAGCUGCCUCUACGAUUAUCAAAAGACAACAGUUGUUGAUUAGGGGUUUUCUCAUUCAUCAAAGAAUGCAAUCGGCUAUGAGCAUCGCUGGCCUGGAGGUCGACGCUUUGGGAAUUUUGAGGGCAAUCACUCCCCCGCUUGACCCAACUCGCUACAAAGGCCAAGCUGGGAAGAUUGGUGUAAUUGGUGGUUGUCGUGAAUACACUGGUGCUCCAUACUUCUCGGCUGUUUCUGCUUUAAAAAUUGGUGCAGAUUUAUCUCAUGUUUUCUGCACUAAAGAUGCAGCUCCUGUUAUAAAAGGCUAUAGCCCUGAGUUAAUAGUGCAUCCGAUUCUAGAAGAGUCAUAUAGCGUCAGGAAUGGAGAUGAACAAUCUGUGUCAGCUAAGGUACUUGCUGAGGUUAUCAAGUGGAUUGAACGAUUUGACUGUCUCGUUGUUGGACCAGGUCUUGGUAGAGAUCCAUUUCUCUUGGAUUGUGUGAGUGACAUCAUGAAGCACGCAAGGCAGUCAAAUAUUCCGAUUGUCGUAGAUGGGGAUGGCCUCUUUCUUAUAACUAAUAGGCUUGAGCUGAUAAAGGGUUACUCUUUAGCUGUUUUAACGCCGAAUGUAAUGGAAUACAAGCGACUGGUUCGAAAAGUACUAAACUGUGAAGUAAACGACGACGACAAUGACCAAGAAAAAGCUACACAACAACUGCUUGCGCUCUCUAAAGGGAUUGGUGGUGUGACGAUUCUAAGAAAAGGAAGAUCUGAUUUAAUCAGUGACGGUGAAACAGUGAGGGCGGUGAGCAUGUAUGGAUCGCCUAGACGUUGUGGAGGGCAGGGAGACAUACUUUCUGGAGGUGUCGCGGUUUUUCUCUCUUGGGCGAGGAAACAUCAAAAUGGAGGAGAAUUACUAGAUAUGAAUCCGACUGUUCUGGGAUGUAUUGCGGGAUCAGUUAUAAUGAGGAAGGCUGCUUGGCUUGCUUUUGAACAAAAGAGGAGGUCAACUGUUACUGCUGAUAUUAUCGACUGUCUUGGAAGAAGCUUGGACGAAAUAUGCCCAGCCACUGUCAUCACUCCUUAAAUUCAAGAUCAAUGUUCAUCUUUUUGUUAAACCAAACAAAACAUUGUACGAUGAGUCAUCAACAACCUUAUCUUGGUUGUACUUUCUAGUCAAAAUCAUAUAUGUGUGAAUCACGUUGUUGCUUUA